AUGAAGUUCAAAAACAUCUUUCAAAAAGACGACCCGGAGAUGGAGAGAAGAGCGCCCUUGCCUUGGAUCUCCAAUCCAGUGUCCCUAGGGGUCCAAGCUCAGGAUGAGGAAAUCGUCCUAGAAUCCAUCUCUAAAGUGGACACAUCUACAGAAACUAUAGAGGAUAUACAGAAGGGGGCUCCCGACAAAACAAACUCUUCUGUUUUCAAAAAGCCCAAUACUUUGCUAGUUGACCUAUUCUAUGACCUGUUCUUUGCCGCCAAUCUGGCAGGCUUCACACUGACACAUGAGAUAAAUAAUACUGGAGGCCUAAAAGCGUAUGCCGGCUACAUUUCGUUGCUGUGGUUCGUCUGGGUCCAGACUACGUUUUUCGAUCUUCGAUUCUAUACCGACUCCGUCCUGUCACGGCUAUUCAAAAUCCUGCAUUUGGGGGUUGUAUGCGCGUUCAUUAUUCUGGGACCUAAUUUCGAUUCAUCAAGCCCCACGACAAGGACGAAUCAGUACCAGAACACUAGCUUCGUUCUUAUGUCAUCGCGAUUUAUCCUGGUUCUUCAGUAUGGCUCCAUCUUAUGGUAUAUAAGAGGAGAAAAACGUGCAGUUCUUCCAAUUCUGAUGGUUAUUGGUGCACUCUUUGUUACUGCAAUGUCGUACAUGGGUCUCGCAUUUGCUGCAAUAAGAUCUAGCGGGAACCUUGCCUUCGUUGCAUGGUAUGUGAUUGGGGCCGUGGAGGCAAUAUUUAUGGUAUCUAUAUCAAGGUUUUGGGAAGUGCUUAGGUUCAAGGAGACUGCUAUCGUCCAAAGAUUUAAGUCCAUGACAUUGAUUAUCCUCGGAAUAGGCUUUGUUGGGAUGACCAGAGCGGCCACCAGAGUUGCCCAAGAUAUAAGAGAUAUUACCAGCACGUCAAUUGGCCUUAUGAUAAGUUACUUCUUUGUUAUUUAUUUCAUCUAUACAAUAUACUCUGACCAGAUCCCCGAGAACUGGUUUAGCGGCAUCCGCCCGCAAAUAUGGACACUCGUGCAUCUUCCAUUACACAUGGGAAUACUUCUCGCCGUUGAAGGUUGCCGUGGAUGGAUUAUGUGGGACAUUGCCAACCAUAUCAUCGAGGGAGCUGCCCUUCAAGCCCUCUUGGCUUUAGACCGGCUCCACUCCGGAGAGCCAGUGCCGGAUUUCACACCGAUAUACGAAGGGCUUCUCUCCCUGAACCCCUUCGACGAAGAUACUCAAGUAUACGUCUUUAUUCAAGAGUUUUUCAACGACAUAUACUUUUGGGUCAUGCGGGCCUUUGGCAUCCCUGUACCACGGUUAGGAAACAUCGGGCGUCAAACUUUCGAGGAGAAGAACAAGGUCAUUUACAGCAAGUUUUACGUACUGUUUGGAUACUUCUUCAUAGGGUCUGGGUUGACGCUUGUGCUCCUUGCACUUCUACGUUGGUUGGGCAAAGCGCGUAGGACGCGUGGCGAGAUGCUGUCCAUUGUCUUGAUGACUCUGAUCGGGACGGGUGUGACGUUUAUCUCAUUUUUCAUCCCAGCUGAAAAGAACUUGAAUGUAGAGGUACAACCGGAUGGACCGUUUACAAUCUACUUGAACAGUAGGUGGAUCGUGCCGACUGUGGCGUUGAUAUAUGCGUUCGUCGUUUUUGUUGAUAAUUUGAUUAUAUGGAUCUCGCACAGACGCUGGAUCAAGCGUUUACCUAGCAGUUGA